AUGCUGCGGGAUUCCCAUGGGCACGGUGCUGGACACCGGGUCAGCAUCAUCCGUUUGGACCAAGCGCUUGGCACCAAGGAGGGGACAGACCUGGCGUGGGGUCCCCACAUGGCGCUGCAGGGCCCCAUAGCGGGGGGCUGCCCAUUGCCCCCCAGCCAGGCAGUGGUCCCUGCACCGCGCUGCCCGGGGGGAGCAGGGGGGCUGGAGGUGCGGGAAGCACUGUUUAUGUUUGGCAGUGCCAAGUGCUCACCCGGCACCACGCCAGCCGCAACGGGCCCCAAUUACUCAACACUCUCCCCCCCGCAUGCCGCCAGCCUGGGACCGAACGAGGCCGGCACCGGGCACCCUAAACCUGCGGCAGACCCACAGCUUCCCAGUGCCCCACAGCUGCAGGAGGGUCUGGAUCCCAUUGACCCCCCGUGCCAGCACAGACCCCGGCCCAUGGCUGCUCCCAACCCAGCUGUCAUGGGCAUCCCGAACGUGAGUCCCGGGCAUGGCAAAUGGGGUCCCACUCCUGGAGAGCCCCAGGCCAGCAGCAUGAGGCCGGGGGCCGCGCAGCCCCUCGAGAGGGGCCCACGCUCGCCCUUCCCGGCGCCUUUUCCUCCAGUCCCCGGCAGGAGCUGGACGGGCCCCGGAGCUUCCUGGAAUCCAGCGCCUCGUUCCAGCCCCGCGGAAAACGCUGCUGCGGGGCCCGGGCCAAAUCCCAGCCACGAGGAACCUCCCGCCCAGGCCGGGGGUGGCCCCCGGGAGCGGACGGACGCACGGACACACGGACCGGAGCCUUCGCAGGGCUGGCAGCAGCGCGGCUGGGGGCGACCACGGCUGCCAGAGCCGCUUUCAGCCCAUGGACCCCAACAGAGCGCACCCCGCACACCCCAACAGAGCCGGCAGCACUGGCACAAGACCCCCAGGGGACCCCUUCCAAAACCCCCUGCCAGCCCAGAGCUGGCCGGGGCUGCUGCCCACAUCCCCCAGCCUCACCCCAACGGGUUACAGGCACAUCACGGUGCCAGGCCACCCCCGUGGCACCCAGGCCGAGGGUCAGGCCGGGGAGCUCUGGGGACCACGCUGUGCCGGGGGGAGCCCGGUGGCCCCCGCUGCUCUGGCAGCCUCCUGGGCAGGGCAGGAAGCGCCCGCGGAGCCGCUGUGCGGUCGAAGCCUGCGGUUUCCUCGCUGCUGUCAGCGCUUGGCCCGGGACGGCCUCACACGCGAGGCCAAGGACCGGCUGCCCCCCAACCACCCCCGGCCCCCGGCUCCAGCGGCGCGGUUCAGGGGGUGCGCGGGGGUCCCCUGGCAGGGCCGCACAAGCGAGACCCCCACCCUGUAUCCCCGAAGCAUCUCAGCCGUGAGUCACCGUCACGUUUCUCACGUCCUCGGGCAGGCGUGAAUCAUGCCCCAGCCCGGCUGCAGGGCCGGAGCCAGCGGCACACGCUCGGCACAGACUGCGUGUGCCAGAGCUGGGGCUGCCACAGCCGCGCUCAAGGGGAUGUGGGGCUCGUGUGGACCCCAGGAACUGCAUGGGCAGCACUGAUGCCACUGCGCCACGGCACCCGAUGGACCAGCAUCAACCCACACCCGGACACAGCGACACAGAGGUGGGGACGGAGUCCUUGCCAACACCCCACGGGGGCCCCACGGCGUGAGCCCUCGCCCCGUGGGUCCUCGCCCCUGACACCCCCACGUCCCGCUGCCGGCUGGGAGCCACAAACUGAAAUUCCACCUGUUGUGGCCAGGCCGGCUCUGGUUACUCCGGGAACGCGAUGCUCCGGUUACACGUCCCGCACCCGCCACCACGCUCCCCAUUCUUCUGCGGGAACAGGUGCCCCGGCCCCCGCCACAGCCCCCGGCACGGCCGUGCCACGUUGCCACCGGCACCACCUCUGCACCGUGGGUGCUGCAUCACCAAAGGACCAGCCAUGCCCCCCCCCCCCAGCACCUGGCACUGCGGGGACCCCCACCCAUGCCCACAGCGGGGACACCCCCGGCUCCAGCUCAACCCCGAUCCUUAGGAUGAGCGCAGGGAACCCCAAGUCCCGCUCACGGGGAGUCACGGUCCCGGGGUGCCCCAUCCCGGCUCCCCACGGACUCCUCCUGGGCAGCAGCAGGAUUGCAGCCGCUCGCGGCAGCCCCCGGUUGUUUUUAGCCCUGGAUGCGGCGCGCAGCCGGCGCCCUGGGAACGGCGUGCCGGGAACAGCGCGGCCCCAGACAGCCCUUUCUGGCUCGGCGACAGCCGGCAGACAAGUGCAGCCGGCUGCGCCCGCGGCAUGGGGCCGCUCGGGACACGGCACCCGCGGCUGGCGUGGGACAGCGCAGCGGGCAGGCGGCAGCGUUAACACCCCCGGACAGCGGGACCUGGUGGCACCGGGCCCCUGGCUCCGGCAGGCUCCAGGACCAGGUCAUGCAGGGAUGGGACCUGGGAUACCUGGGGGGGAGCCAAACCGCCACCGCGUCGCACCCAGGCUGGCUACACAAGGGCACGCAGACGUGUGCCACCACCGUGUCCUCUGGCACCGCCUGGCCGACCCCCGGUAUCUGCGGCGGCGGCAGCCGGCACCCCCCGCCCGGCCCCCCCCGGCCUCGCCGCCGCGCCAGCGCCCUGUCAGCCGCGGAGAGCGAUGGCUUCCUCCGCCCGCCGGCCAGGAAACGGCGCAGACGCCGCUCCCGCCCCCCCGGACCCCAGCCCCCGGCGCCCCCCGCGCCCCCGGCCCCGCUCACCCGCCCGGCCCCGCCGUCUGCGCCCCGGCUUCACCCCCCCGGCACCCCGAAAAGGGGAAGCGGCCCCGGCUUCCCCCCGCCGCGGGGGGGGGGGGGGGGGAACGUGGCUGCGCGCACCGGUAA